AUUCCAGAUAACUCGGAUUAAAUGGCAUAAAGAUGUUGUUACAAGCGUCUUUUCUGCUGUUCUUUCUGUCAGCCGCAACAGGGACGUAUGUUGCUUACUUUCCAAACCUGUUGAUUCCUGGUAUUCCGCUGAAAACGCGAGUACUUGUUCAAAGCAGAAGUUUGAGGGUUCCAGUAAAAGUCAGUCUGACGUUUGCAGGGAACGACACAUUGAUUGCUAGAGGUUUUGCGUAUGCAAGGACAGGAGAGUAUACAACUAUUAUUGUGAAGGUUCCAAGUACCUUACUUCCGUCGAAUUAUAGAGUACAUAUAACGGGGUCUAAUGGACAUAAGUUUUCAAACAGUACAAGUAUCCUCUAUGAUGACAGAUGUUUGAUGGUGUUUAUACAGACUGAUAAAGUUCGGUAUUCGGCAGGUCAGACAGUAAAAUAUCGGGCUGUAUUUCUUCUACCGAAUCUUCUCGACUUCCAAGGAUACGCAACUAUUGUAAUUGAGGAUGGAGGAGGAAAUAAAAUUGAGGCUCUUGGACCAGAUAUUGUUAAGAAUGGAGUUAUAUCUGGAGAUAUAGAGCUAAGUAGAUAUCCCGUGUUUGGCACGUGGAAAAUAGUCAUCGAAGCAAUGGGGAGAAAGCACAUACAAUCGUUCGAAGUCAAUGAAUACGUCUUGCCGAGAUUUACUGUUGAGCUUACAAUGCCCUCUGAAGUAAAACCAACAAAACCGUUUUUUACAAUUGGCGUCACUGCAAGGUUCACAUUUCAGACGGAUGUCAAGGGUGAUUGCGUUCUUUUAAUAUAUAAUGAAGAUAAGACGUCAAAUAACUUUAAGAUUUUAAAACAGAUUGACGGGUCAGUGGAGUUUAAUGUCGAUAUGUCAGUGCUUACCAGCAAACUUGAUAUAACCUCCAACAUAAAGGUCAGAGCUAUGGUUAUCGACAAUUCUACAGCAUUAACAAUGGUAGCCGAACGUAAACUGAAUAUUGCUUCAAAUGAACCAAAGCCAGUAACUCUUACAAAGAUCGAUCCGUAUAAAAACAGCUAUAUACCUGGAAUGACAUAUCGUACAAAGAUUUUUGUAGGAAGAAAUGGUAAAUCACUCGGUCAGAGCGGCACGUUGAAAGUGACGCCAACGGUUACCACGGCAAUAUUGGAGCUCUGUACUAAAGCAAAUCCCCCGUACAAAUGGGUUAAUGUACAAACGGAAAUCAGGCGACCAUUUACAAUUCAUUUUGACUCGUCGGGAUAUGCUGAUUGGACAUAUGAUGAUAACACUAAAAACGUAGAAAAGAUAUCGUUUAGUGUUGUGUUUUUUGACCGAACAAUUCAAAGUAAGCCUGUUACUUUAACAUUUGUGAUAUACCCUUUACCAGACAACAUUCCUUUUCUGCGAAUGACAGUAAACAAGUUCAAAGUAAAGGUCGGACAAAGCAUUCUUCUUGAUGUAGCUGCAACAGAGAGUCUAAACGGAUAUUUGACGUUUGAGGUGUAUGCGAGAGGUAUGAAUCUUAAAUCAGAAUUGGUAGCUGUAAACGGUGGUUCUCAAAUGACCCAUACUAUGACUGUUUCGAAGAAUAUGAUUCCAAGAGCGUUCAUCAUAGUAAAUCAUUUGACACAAACAGGUCAGCUGAUCGCCGACUAUGUAUAUAUAGAAGUUGAAGGAAAUCCUUUUAGUAAUGAGGUGAACUCCUUGUUCCAUGUAAUCUCAAAAAUACUUAUAAUUUUACGCCAGAUAGUCGCCACAAUUUAUUGUUCAUAUGAUUAUUUUAACGUAUUGUAUCAUUAA